AUGGCGAACUUGCUCCUCGAGGACAUCUUCCGGGUCACCGACAUCGACCCGGACGCGUUUUUUGGAGAACGAUCCACAAGAACAAAAACUAAUCCUUUGGGUGCUCUUUUUCGGUGGUGCGCAGUGUCGAGGAUCGAGGCACACAGCGAGCAAUUCGACAUGCAUUUGCUCCUGGAUGUCAACUGCGAUGUGUACCCUCUCCACAGGGACGAAAAAUUCACCAUGGCUUUGGCGCCGACGCUCAGCCUGGAUGGCACGCCCGACGAAGGCGUGCUUGAUCAGAGUGGCAAGAGGUCGCUCGCGGAUCGCUACGACUACGUCAUGUACGGUAAGCUCUACAAGUAUAGCGACGACCAUAGCACGGGCGCUCUCAAAGUAGACAUUUAUGUGUCGUUUGGGGGAUUGCUGAUGAAACUCAAGGGAGAUCCACAGCAUCUUAACGAGCUGCAAAUGGAUCAGCGCCUCUACGUGCUACUCAGGAAGGUCAAAUGAAUUCUCUCUGGCUCUUUGUUAAACUCUCCAGGAAGAAUCGAGCAAACUUAAUCCAUAAAAGUUGGAAGAUAAGAUCAAACUAGGCUGAAGAACUUAGCAACGAUCUAUCUUCCAAAACUAGACUGAAGAACAUAGCAAAGAUCUCCAGCUCUCCAGGAAAGUUGGAAGAUAAGAUCCAAAACUAGACUGAAGAACACGGCAAGGAUCUAUCUCCAUCCAAGCAAGCUAGA